AUGAAUCUAUCGAGGUAUCUGUUAAUGUAUUCCAAAACUGACUCAAACAAAAGUCAGUGGUGUUUAGAUUCUUGGAAAAAGUAAUGGAACUAGUAUCAUAGAAUACAUAUAUAUUGAAAUAUUCUAGAUUUGUUUCUAGAUUUAUUGUAGAUUUAUUAUUAGAUAUUACAUUAACAUUAAAGAUAUUCUGUAUUAUAAUCAGUUUUAAUGAUAAUUAAAUUAAUAUAACUUAUAAAGAUUUAUAACGAAUCUCUUUAAUUGAAUAGUGUAAUAGAUAUAGAAAAGGUAUAGAAGAUAUUCCCAAUAUUACAGAAGAUACUGACAUUUACACAUAAUUGAAGAUUAACAAUUACUAUCUUCUAAAAAAUAUCAAAAGUAUAAUGUUCAAAAUUUUUAAAGAAUUGUACAAUUUUUUUCUAUGACUAACUGUACCAAUCAUUAUCUCGUGACUACAAUUUACACUAAUUCUGGUUCUGUUAUUACAAUAAUUAUGAUCAUCCUUAGUGAUAGAGAAAUACAAUGCAAUUGAAAAUAGCAAAGAGAUUUUACUGAAACAAUAUCACUAUAAUUGUAAACUCUACUUCAUGAUUCCAUUGACUGUAUACGAAAUUGUUAAUUAACCUUCCACUGCCAUGCAUGUGACUUGAAAAAUUGGAUGUUAAUCUAUCUCAAGAAUUAGAAUUCUUCUAACUAGAAAAAGAAAUAUAUCGUCACUUUAACAUUUAUACUUUUUGAAAUAAAUAAAAAAUCUAUAGUGUUAAAAAUAUUCAUAGUUUCUAUUAGAAAUGAAGAAAAUCCUUUUAGAAAACAGAAAUAUUUUGCCCUGUUAUUGUACAGUUUUGCCAUUAAUCAUGUUAUUUCUCUUUCAUUUUCAUUAGAAUUGAUACUAAUAUUGCUUUUUUUCUUUGUAGAUAAAGGAACAAAUCGCGGAGGAACAUAUACUUUCAAGAGAAAUCAUACUCAGAAGACAAGAAAAUAUCACUGUUCAGAAAAUUCAAGAGAACGUGCCCAUUUUUUCAAACAAAUCGAAUUUUUCUCCACAUCUGUCACAUUCAGUUAAAAGCGAUCAUUUCUCAAUUCAGCAAAUAAGAAAAUGGAACUUGCCUCUGGAUGACACAGUCUCAUGUCAUAGAUAUAUAGUUCUUAGCAGAGAUAGCGCUAGUAGUACGGAUUUCAGGAUAGUCAGAGUGAUUGCACCGACGAGAUUUAGCAAUCCAUCGCGUGUGUAUAAACAGGCUACGUCCUUUCCAUAUUAUACCAUCGUCUGA